UGAGGAAAGGAAAGGAGAAAGCUUCUGGUUAAUUUUUCUUUCAGUCAUCAACGGGAUUCCUGGGAAUUCUGUCCAUUUGCCCGAAAAUGGUUUUUCUCCAAAUUGUCGCCGCUUGGGUCGAACCAGUCGAGAUGUCCGAGUGAAAUUAAAUUGAGCGUGCAAGCCGCUAAAAAGUCAUCUAGCGGAGAAACGUGACGACGUGCCCGCGACCUUGUCAAGAAUGUGAAACCUUGAAGUCGUUGCAGGAAUUUGUGAGAAGUGCUUGUGACGACCAUCUCCUGCCUUCCUUCUUGGGAUGUUUGGGCCUGUUGCACAAGGGACACCAUACGGACAAAAGUAUUGGGACAACCCCCUCUCCUAAGUCGCCCAUCCGUUUUCGGAGCCGCUUCACCCGCGGGUCGCGGCGGCGCUGAAUCUGGGCCAAAGGCGGCGUGCGCACCCUGAACUGCCCGUUGGCCAAAAGCGGGGCACCAAAAAAUUCGUAUUCAUCUCCCACCCAUGUUUUGGGGAUGCAAAGUACCCAGAAAAAGCCACGCAGAGAUGGGGAGAACAGGGCGGAUUUAAACCAGUCGUUUCCCUGUCUGACAAACUUGCAGAAAAAUGUUCCAAAUCAAGAAGAUCUGUUGCAUUGGCGCCGGCUACGUGGGAGGUCCCACGUGCAGCGUGAUCGCCCAAAUGUGUCCGGAGAUCACGGUGACCGUCGUCGACGUCAACGAGUCCCGCAUCCGAGCCUGGAACUCGGACACGCUUCCCAUAUAUGAGCCUGGCCUGAAAGAUGUGGUUGAGUCCUGCAGAGGGAGGAACUUGUUUUUCUCAACGGACAUCGACGCAGCCAUCAGAGACGCCGACCUCGUUUUUAUCUCGGUCAACACGCCCACCAAGACCUACGGCAUGGGCAAGGGCCGCGCCGCAGACCUCAAGUUCAUCGAAGCGUGCGCUCGCAGGAUCGUGGAGGUGUCGGACGGCUACAAGAUCGUCACGGAGAAGAGUACCGUCCCGGUGCGAGCCGCCGAGAGCAUUCGACGCAUCUUCGAUGCCAACGACAAGCCCAGCCUCAACCUCCACGUGCUGUCCAACCCCGAGUUCCUCGCCGAGGGAACGGCGGUGAAGGACCUGAAGGAGCCCGACCGCGUCCUGAUUGGCGGGGAUGAGACGGCGGAGGGUCAGAGGGCCAUCCGGGCGUUGUGCGCCGUCUAUGAACGCUGGGUGCCCAAGGCCAGGAUCAUCACCACCAACACGUGGUCGUCGGAGCUGUCCAAACUGGCGGCCAACGCGUUCCUGGCGCAACGCAUCAGCAGCAUCAACAGCAUCAGCGCGCUAUGCGAGGCCACCGGGGCCGACGUGGAGGAGGUGGCCAAGGCCAUCGGCAUGGACCAGAGAAUAGGAAGCAAGUUUCUCAAAGCCAGCGUGGGUUUUGGUGGAAGCUGCUUCCAGAAGGAUGUGCUGAAUCUCGUCUAUCUGUGCGAGGCCCUCAACCUGCCCGAAGUCGCCUCCUACUGGCAGCAGGUGAUAGAUAUGAACGAGUACCAAAGGCGGCGCUUUGCCUGCAGGAUCAUCGACUGCCUUUUCAACACGGUGACGGGCAAAAAAAUUGCUCUGCUGGGCUUUUCUUUCAAGAAAGACACGGGCGAUACGAGAGAGUCGUCCAGUAUUUACAUCUCCAAAUAUCUGAUGGACGAAGGGGCCAAGCUGUUCAUCUACGACCCGAAAGUUCUGAAAGAGCAAAUCGUCCAGGACCUUUCUCAGCCCAGCAUCUCCGAGGGCAGGCCGGAAAGAGUUUCAGAGCUGGUGACGGUGACCUCUGACCCUUACGAGGCUUGCCAGAGCGCACACGCGUUGGUCAUCUGCACCGAGUGGGACAUGUUUAAGGAGCUGGACUAUGAGAAGAUUUACAAAAAGAUGCUGAAGCCGGCGUUCAUAUUUGACGGCCGCAGAGUGCUGGACCACCUGCACGCUCAGCUCCAGGACAUCGGCUUCCAGAUUGAGACCAUCGGCAAGAAAGUGACGGCAACACGAAUCCCGUACACCCCCGCCGCCGCGUGUCCUCGCAUCGGUGCCGGCGAGCCUCCUCCCAAAAAGGCCAAAAUCUGAAGCCGCCGUCGGCACGCGACGCAUUCCGCCCGCCACCUUUCACAAUCCUGCCUCGCCAUCGAUCCGAAGCGAGCCCGCCCGGCCGCGUGACUUCCGGAUUUGGACUCGGACGCGCUUGAACCUUCCCACGCACAAAAAAAAAAAAAAAAGCGUUUUCUUGAAUUCACAGGUACUUAUCAAGCAUAUUUUCCAUGUAGUCUUGAGAUAAUCUAGUUUUUUACAGUCACAUCCCAAGUGUUUUUAAUACAGUUUUCUAUAUUUUUUUUAUCAAUCAUAAUGCUGUACGUGUCCGCUGUAUCUGUGACUGAAUGGGCCAAUGCAAUAAAAUGGAACGGAGAUAUUGAGUAUAAUUACAAAGGUAUGUAAUUGAAAUCGAAGACAAUUAUUUACAGUAAUCCCCCCACUAAAUCACACUUCAAGCUCUGUGAUCCUGCCUUAUUCCAAAUUUUUAAUACUGCAGUUGAAGUAUUAAUUCAAUUAACCGUUAUCCUUUGCUCUUUGCCUCUGUUUAAAAUGUGUUCAGGUUAUUCAAGGUGAGUUUAAAAACCUUAAAAAAAAAUGCCAUGCUGUAAAUGCUAAAGAAAUGUACAUGCUGUGUUUCUAUAUGAUGGAUUUCACGUUGUGAGGGGGCGGUCUGUCACAUGACUUCAGUGAUUUCAUACCAAAAAAGUGAGAGCAGAUAUUGUUGCGUUUAGGUACAAUACAUGUACAUGUGUUUGUCCCCCCCCCCCCUCCCCCCAUAGUAACAUAAUUCAAUGAUUAUAUUCAACGGGGGUUGGGGUCACAGGCUCUACCAUAAACACUUUUCAUUUUUGAGUUACACAAAGAAGAUGACGCUAAUUUUACUACUGAGCUCACAAACUCACACCAACCAGCCACGGAAGUGACUUUAAAUGAAAGAACGAUUUUUGUUCAUUCUUGGUGGCUUCGUAAAUCCACCAGUGGAAUUUUUUUUCAAUCGUAAAAGUGACCAGUGAUUGAUUAUUGCAAGAUAAGCUUCUGGACAUUUCAUAGAAAAACUGCGUGGCGGGCUGGGGGGGGG